GGGAAAGUUUGGCCACAGAUUCCCAGCCCCAGGAACUGGACUCCAGGAAGAUCCCAAAUCCAUGAAAGCAAAGUGGAGAGGCCAGCAGGUGACCACCAUGUCCACUUCGCUGCGCGUGAGCCCGUCCAUCCGCGGCUACUGCUUCGACACGGCCGCCAGGAAGAAAGCGGUGGGCAACAUCUUUGAAAGCACCGACCAGGAGUCCCUCCAGAGACUCUUUAAAAACUCUGGCGACAAGAAAGCAGAGGAAAGAGCCAAGAUCAUCUUUUCCAUUGAUCAAGACUUGGAAGAGAAAACGCGAGCCCUGAUGGCCCUGAAAAAAAGGAGAAGAGACAAACUUUUCCAGUUUCUCAAACUGCGGAAAUAUUCUAUCAAAGUCCAUUGAAGACAGGACGAUGGAUAAGACUAUUUUCCCAGAAGGAGCAUGUAAAGGGCACGUGAGUUUCUGAGACUCUUGGCGCAGGCCAGCAAUUUGUUAUAGCCUUGCAAGUUUCCCUUCCGACAGGACUCCUUACUUCUUGGGGCUGUGAAGGAAUGGAACAAACCGGCUGCAGAAACUCCCAUCAAUCUCGAGCCUGGGCUGGACAGAGGAGAACAAAAUGCUUUCUGCAAGGAUCUGAAAUUUUUUUCCUGUGGGAAAGGACUAAUGCUGCUGUCAGGAGGAGUUUGGACAGAUAGAAAUGCAGCUGAAGGUGACAAAUGGCUGGAGGAGACUUGGAGACCCUUUGGACUGAAGUUCAACCUGAAUUUUUGUGCUCUGUUUUUAACUCCACUGUGUAGUGAGUAGAGAGAGGGUGGAGUACAGAGAAAGAAGAUACCAUGCUUAAAUUGUUUACUGAAUUUUUUUUUAUUUGAAUGUUCAAAAUGUUGCCAAACUUUAAUGUUGUUUAUUGGUAGAGAUUUUUAGGAAUCAGAAAUUAUUUAUUUUCACUUAUGAUAGCACCUGGAAAAGUGCAUAUAGGAAUAAGUGCAAAUCUGUGGAACUGCAAUAACUUCAGCUCAGUAAAACUGAAUGAGACCACAUAUAUAUGUCCAUAUAUAUCUGACGUACUGUGUACUGUGAAAAGAAAGCUAUAAUUUUUAAAUUUUUCUAACUAAUGCUAAAAUAUGUCAAAUUAUCUCUCUCGGUUACCGUGAAAGCAUUAGAAGUAAUAAAAUACACUAAAUAGCUUAUAAA